GGUUAAGUCUGAAGGAUGACCUUUAUCAGGGCAUUAUAUAUAUUUCGUGCGUUUAAUCCUAUUUGUAAUACCUUCAAAAUGUCUUCUACUAAUGGUACUACAAAUUCAAUAUACGAUUUCUCUGCAAAAGAUAUUGAUGGUAAUGAAGUUUCUCUAGAAAAAUACCGUGGUCAUGUAUGCCUCAUAGUCAACGUUGCUUGCAAGUGAGGUGCAACUGACAAGAAUUAUCGCCAACUCCAGAUGAUGCACACUCAACUGGUUGGCAAAGGUCUCCGUAUUUUAGCCUUCCCAUGUAAUCAGUUCGGUAGUCAGGAACCAUGGCCUGAAGCUGAAAUUAAAAAGUUUGUAACUGAAAAGUAUGGUGUUGAGUUUGAUAUGUUCUCAAAAAUCAAUGUGAACGGGCCUAAUGCUCAUCCCCUCUAUAAAUUUUUAAAAAGUAGACUUGAGGGUACACUUACAAAUUCUAUUAAAUGGAACUUCUCAAAAUUUUUAGUAGAUCGUGAAGGUCAACCAGUUAAGAGAUAUUCUCCUACAACUGCUCCAAUUGAUAUCGAAGGUGAUAUUUUGGAGCUGUUAGAAAAGAAGUAAUCAAGCGGCAGCAUUUCAAGCUAAUUGUACAGUUUUUCACCUUGAUGACGAUGGCAAUCUCAAAUAUUUCCCUGAUAGUCAUCCGAUGAAAUCAGUUUUGUGUGCAGCUGAUGAUAGUGAAAUUCUGUUUUCAUUUAGCUUAUUUGUACCCUUGAUAAAUACUUCGAAAAGUAA